UCCAGAAAUCGUAAGAACACAGGAGCCCGGUGUUUGAGUCGGCGAGCGGAGUGAGGAGGGUGGGAGGCUGGGGAAGCGAUAUGUGACGGGGAAAUAGAAAGAAAAAUAAGAUCUGUGCUGCUGGAACGCUAACUCCAGUUUUCAUCACUUGCCGCUCUACUGGCUACGUUGCCUUCAUCGCUUCUGCGGGAUUUACCUUUCCGUUUCAAGAGUUUUUUGGUUUUCUUUGCCAACGGUUCGUGUGUCCGUCGGAAGUCCGAACAAAAUUGGCAGUAUCACUGAAACUCGGAGUCUCCUGCCUGCCUUCCCAAGAUGUUGCCUGAUCGCCCCAGAGGUCGGCUUCAACUGUAGCCUCUUGGUCGCCUCCCAGUCGGUUGGGCGUCACCAUGGCGGCCGGCGUAGCGGCCUGGCUACCAUUCGCCCGGGCCGCUGCUAUAGGAUGGAUGCCCGUCGCAAAUUGCCCCAUGCCCCUCGCCCCGGGCGAAAAGAACAAGAAACAGGACGAGCUCCUGGUCAUCAACGUGAGCGGCCGGCGUUUCCAAACGUGGAAGAACACCUUGGAGCGCUUCCCGGACACGCUCCUGGGCAGCACCGAGAAAGACUUCUUCUUCCACGAAGAAAGCAAUGAGUAUUUCUUUGACCGGGACCCCGACAUCUUCAGGAAUGUGUUGAAUUUUUACAGGACGGGCAAGCUGCACUACCCGCGACACGAGUGCAUCUCCGCCUACGACGAGGAGCUGGCUUUCUUCGGCAUCAUCCCGGAGAUAGUGGGCGAUUGCUGCUACGAAGAGUACAAGGACAGGAAGAGGGAGAACGCGGAGAGGCUGAUGGAUGAUAGCGACACGGAGAACAAGGCGGAGGGCAACCUCCCGUCCCGCACCUGCCGCCAGACUAUGUGGAGAGCCUUUGAGAACCCGCACACCAGCACGUUGGCCUUAGUGUUUUACUAUGUCACUGGGUUCUUCAUCGCGGUGUCUGUCAUCACCAACGUGGUGGAGACGGUGCCUUGCGGGAUGGGCCCAAGUGAAGUCAAAGACCUGCCGUGCGGCGAGCAAUACGGGGUAGCCUUCUUCUGUCUGGAUACGGCGUGUGUGAUGAUCUUCACCGUCGAGUAUCUCCUCCGGCUCUUCGCGGCCCCCAGCCGCUACCGCUUCAUGAGGAGCGUGAUGAGCAUCAUCGACGUCGUGGCCAUCAUGCCUUACUACAUCGGCCUGGUCAUGACCAACAACGAGGACGUGAGCGGAGCCUUCGUCACCCUCCGUGUCUUUCGAGUCUUCCGGAUUUUCAAGUUCUCUCGCCAUUCCCAAGGCCUGAGGAUCCUCGGGUACACCCUGAAGAGUUGCGCCUCCGAACUGGGAUUCCUUCUAUUUUCACUCACCAUGGCCAUCAUUAUCUUUGCCACCGUGAUGUUCUACGCCGAGAAAGGGUCGACGCACAGCAAGUUUACAAGCAUCCCCGCCUCUUUCUGGUACACGAUCGUCACCAUGACAACUCUCGGCUAUGGCGAUAUGGUACCGAAGACGAUCGCUGGGAAGAUCUUUGGCUCGAUUUGCUCCCUGAGUGGAGUGCUGGUGAUUGCUCUUCCCGUCCCGGUUAUUGUUUCCAACUUCAGCCGGAUCUACCACCAGAACCAACGGGCGGACAAGCGCCGAGCACAGAAGAAAGCCAGGCUUGCGAGGAUAAAGAUAGCAAAAACUGGAAACGCCAAUGCCUAUCUACAGAUCAAACGCAACGGAAUGAUGAAUGAGCACUUGGAACUCACAGAAUCGGGUGAGAAGGAACAGCAGCAGUGCCCUAACAGACCAGGCUCAGCCAUAGCCAGACAACAUCACCAUCUGCUGCACUGCCUGGAGCGGACAACGGGAUUGUCGUACCUGCUAGACGAUCCUCAUUUAUCUGUCCGGACAUCAACUUCCACCAAGAACCACGAGUUCCCCGAUGAGCCGGCCUUCGAGCAGAACUGCCUGGAGGGCUCGAUGCAGAACUGCCCGUCCACCCACAGCCCGUCGCUCUCCUCUGGCUCGGGGACGGCCAGCACCUGCUGCUCCCGCCGCAGCAACAAGAAGUCCAGCCACCUGCCCAACUCCAGCAUGUCGGCUGCCAACCUGAGAAGCAUGCAGGAGCUCAGCACCAUUCACAUCCAGUGCGGGGAACAGAUAUCCUUCAACACCAGUCGUUCCAGCCUGAAUGACAAGUCGGAGGAGGGAAUGAGAAUCAACUGCAAGAGCUCGCAGAUCACCACGGCGAUAAUCAGCAUCCCCACGCCUCCCGGCAUGAGGGGCGAGGGGGACGUACGACCUCCCGUCCCCAACCAGUCCAGCAGUAGCAUGAACACCGCCAGCUGCAAUAUUGUCAAAGUGUCCGCCUUGUAGAACAGGAAGCUGCCCCUCGCUCUCGGUCACCUGACAUCCUCAAGAUCACAUGACACUGACGACCACAUGGCAAAGGGUCAAA